CACGCUCCUAUAACAAAGUGUAAGGUCACCACGCCCAUUGUCAUCAACACUUUUGCGCCACUGGCUGCCGUCCUUAGUACCCCUCUGCCCCCUAUGUGUCCACGAAUUCACGAGACCUAACGAUCCAACUACCUCGGACAGCCUGGGCAGCAUUUGCAAAGCGCACAACCCCGACCCCCGACCUGGGUAACGGUCCCUCGCCGCCGAAAUGCUCGAAGGACUCGUUGCCAACCUGCUCAAUCGGUUCUUGGGCAUGUAUGUCCAGAACUUUGAUGCGAAGCAGCUCAAUGUAGGCAUCUGGUCGGGCGAUGUCAAACUGCGGGACCUGGAGCUUCGCCGAGAAGCACUGGAUCAGCUCCGCUUACCGUUGAAUGUGGUGGAGGGACAUUUGGGGUCUCUCACAUUGCAGAUACCGUGGUCGAAUCUGAGAGGGAAACCUCUGAAGGUCAACAUUGAGGAUGUGUUUUUAUUGGCAGCACCGAAGGAAGAUGCGGAUUAUGACCCUGAGGAGGAGGAGCGGCGAGCCCAUGCCGUCAAGAUGGAGAAACUUGACAGCGCGGAGCUGCUGAAAGAGCGGAAUACAGAAGGAAUGAGUGCGGAGGAGCAGCAGAAGACACAGAGUUUUACGGCAAGCCUGAUUACUGCUAUCGUCGAUAAUGUGCAGGUCAGCGUCAAGAAUAUCCAUAUUCGGUACGAGGACUCGAUAUCAGAUCCCGGUCAUCCCUUCGCGCUCGGUAUCACGCUGUCGGAGUUCAGCGCUGUCAGUACAGAUGAGAAUUGGAAGCCGGCGUUUAUACACGGGGAUUCGGCUUCGACGCACAAACUGGCCACGCUCAGUUCGCUAGCGAUAUACUGGGAUACGGAUGCAUCUCUGAUAGGGACUGGCAAGGGGAGUCAGAGCAAAGAUGAGCAAGGGAUCGAUCAUGCCGAGUUCAUUGACAAAGUGCGGGGUAUGAUCUCGAGAAGUGAUAAUCAAGAGGCGCUUGGGAACCACCAGUUCAUUCUGAAACCUAUCAGUGGCCGAGCCGGCUUGGAAAUGGAUAAGACUGGCAAGGCUGACCGUCCGAAGACGAAGGCGAGAUUGCUUUUUGAUGAGCUUGGUUUCAUCAUCGAUGAGGAUCAGUAUCGGGAUGCCUUAAUGUUGGUGGAUCUCUUCCACUAUUUCAUCAGACAUCAAGAGUACAAGAAAUUCCAGCCUAAAUCGUCACCGAAGGAGGAUCCCGCUGGUUGGCUACGGUUCGCUGGACAGGCUGUGCUUGACAAGAUACACGAGAGGAAUCGGAAGUGGAGUUGGGCCUAUUUCAAGGAAAGGCGAGAUGACCGGAUACGGUAUAUCGAUCUUUUCAAGAAGAAGAAGCGAGAAGAGAAGCUUUCGCCUGCCGAGACAGAGGAGCUGGACAAACUGGAGCGGAAACUGACGUACGAGGAUCUUCGAUUUUGGCGGUCUCUGGCCCGGAACCAACUCCGGAAAGAGAAUGUGGGUGUCAAGAAACCUCCGCCGAAACAGACCUGGAGCUCUUGGAUAUGGGGUGCCAAGCACGAGGAAAACAAGGAAGAUAAUACUCAGAUGACUGACGAGCAGCGGAAAGAGCUUUAUGAGGCUAUUGACUGGGACGAGAAGAAGGCGAUUGCGGAGUCGGUUGAUAUGCCGAGGGAGUAUGUCAAGAUGGAGGUCAAUCUGAGUCUACGCACGGGCAGUUUCACGCUCAAGCGGGAUCCACACGGCAAGGGCAUUGAGAUACUACGUCUCCUAUUCGACUCCUUCAGUACACAGUUCUUAAAGCGCACGGACUCCAUGUUCGUGAGCGUUGCACUCGAGGGCAUGAGGUUGUACGAUGGAACGACAGAAGGCAGCCUGUUCCCACAGAUCCUGACGGUCAAGAAUGCUGCGCCUGUACCGGACGACAAGCGGAUAGAGGAACUCAACGAGGAUGAAACUCCCAAGGAGGGCGGAGAGGAAGGGGAAGACGAGGAAGAAGAAAAGGAGGAUCCCUUUUUCCAGCUCUCCUUCGAGAACAACCCUCUUGAUGGAAGCGCGGAUACUGCGCUCACCAUGAAGCUGAAGGAAUUGGAGUUCAUCUACAAUCCUAGAUUCAUCGUCGAGGUAGCGAGAUUCUUCAAACCACCACAGCGUCACAUGGAGUCCAUAGGAGCGCUUAUGGAGACGGCCGGCGCGACUGUCGAAGGUAUCCGGCAGCAAACACGAGCAGGGCUGGAGUUCGCACUAUUAGAGCAUAAGACCAUCAACGCCCAGCUGGAUCUCCACGCACCUCUCAUCAUCGUUCCGGAUUCCGUCACGAAGAAGUCGAGCAAUUGUCUCAUUCUUGAUGCAGGUCAUGCGAGUGUCACCAGCGAGCUUAUUGAUAAGGACACGCUACGGGAUAUUCAGGACAAAGAGAAGCAACAGUAUACUGAAGAGGAUUUCCGCAGGCUGGAGAAUCUUAUGUAUGAUAAAUUCCUGUUGAAGCUGGACUCGACGCAAGUUCUCAUCGGACCCUCAAUCGAGGAGACACGAGCUCAGUUGGGGGAGAACGCGUCUUCUAAAGCUCUGCACAUCGUCGACCGUAUUAACAUGGACUUCAAGAUUGAAAUUUGUAUUGUGCCGAAAGCGUCCGACCUCACGAAGUUCCGCAUAUCGGGUAACCUGCCUGUACUGCAUGCAUCGAUGUCGGAUACGAAGUACAAGAACCUCAUGAAGCUCGUCGACGUGGCGAUUCCGAAAUUCAACAACGAGGAGCCAAGCAAAGAGGCGGAGGCGGGAGCUAAGGGUCCGUCCAAUCUGAAACCUACCAGCGAAGCACGGCCAAGCGAAGAUCCCCUUGGUCGACAGCGGUCCAAAUCAUUCCAAUUUGCAGCGCAGGAGCACGAGCUUGUCAUGGAGUUGGAGGAAGACGAGAGUGGUGACGACCAGAACGAGAAGUUUGAGGAGGCGCCGGAAGUGAAGACGAAGAAGGACAUCAACAUUCAUCAGCGGAACUUUGAGUUCAACUUCAGCGUGGCGAGGCUGCAAGGUUCGCUGUACCGAUCGGAUCCUGAGGGCAAGAAACCGGAUCAGCUACUUGUGGAGCUUGUUGCCGAGCAUUUUGAUCUCGAGUUCUACCAGGAGCCUUUUGCGAUGGUGGCAAAUGUCCGGCUGAAGUCUCUUGCGGUCGAAGAUCAUGUCGAAGAGAACCCUAUACCAGAGUUCAAGAAUAUAAUCUCCUCCGAGGAUGUCUCUGCCACCGAACAGAAGGAUCUGUUCUCGCUCAAAUUCGUAAAGGUCAACCCGGAGUCUCCAGAGUUCAUGACGAAGUAUGAGGGUAUUGCAAUGAACUUGGACGUGGCAGUAUCGACAAUCAGUUUAAUAGUUACGCGGAGAACCCUUCUGACACUGUUGGACUUCGUCCUCAUCACGUUCACAAACCCUGGAGCUGCACAGGCGCAGCAACAACAGAUUGCAGCGAGACCGGAAGAUGAGGAACAAGUCGUUAGUCAGCCUCAGGCGCAAGAAGAUAAGAUUCGGAUUCGUGCAGAGUUGAAACGGAUAGCUGUCAUUUUGAACAAUGAUGGGAUUAGACUUGCUACCUUGAGUCUAAACUCCGGUAAUGUGGGGAUCUUCAUCUAUGGCAAGACUAUGCGCACUGGCGGUCGCCUGGGGAAUCUCACCUUGGUGGACGAUGUUAAUGUAGGCGUACCGGAGGAAUCACCGCUGCGCCAGCUCGUCACCAUCGAGGGCAAGAAUCUAGCGGAUUUCAGCUAUGAGACAUUCGACCCGGACUUGGAGAGCUAUCCUGGUUAUGAUAUGGCAGUCUCCUUGAGGACCGGUUCCAUCAAAGUCAACUUCCUCACGGAGCCCUUCCGCAAGAUUAUGGAGUUUGGCGUAAAGUUCGGGAGAAUGCAAGCCAUUUUCAACGCUGCGCGCCAGGCCGCUGCGAACCAGGCUGUGCAGAUUCAAGAAAGAGCGAACAAAUUCCACUUUGACAUCGUCAUCAGUACACCUAUCGUCGUCUUCCCUAGGAUGGUCGUAUCGGACAAGCCUGAGCGGGAUACAUUGACUGCCAACCUGGGAGAGAUUUAUGCGAAGAAUAGUUUCGUGCCCCUUGAUGAUUCGGCGGGUUCGGAUGUUGCGAAUAAGCUUUCUGCUGGUAUCAGAAACAUCAAGUUGACUUCGAACUUGCAUUACGAAGAUGACCGAGCCGAAGUGCUGGAAAUGAUCGACAAAGUGGACUUGGACUUCAACAUCACCAUGGUGGAGCAUAAGUCUGGACAGCAUAGGCCGGAUGUGGAGGUCGUAGGGUCGAUGUCGGACAUCAACCUGAAAAUCACGCCGGAGCAGAUGAAGUUCGCACUGGAGCUCUCACGUUCGAUUCCGGAUGCAUUUGCCACCGAAUCCGACGAGGAGAUAGAGGAGGAUGUGAACCAGCAGUUACCAGACUCUACGACUGAGCCCGCGAGGCAUCUGACAGAACGUCCGUCUCCAACAGAAGCAGUAGCUGAGUCGACGACAGCGCAGGCUCCAGAGCUCCAACCUGGUGACCAGAAGUGGACCAAACUUGAUUUCGUUUUCAAGGUGGGCACAAUUGGGCUUGAGCUGAUCAGGUCGCAAGAGGGUCAACCGGUCCGUGAUGUGGAAGCUGCCAGUCUGUCCGUCUUCUCGCUCAAUGAGACCCACGUGAAGCUUCGCAUGGUCAGUGAUGGAGCUAUGGAAGCUGAACUCGUUGUCCAGUCGUUCACCAUCCGUGAUAGCCGGACUAAAGGCACCAACAAGUUCCGGAAGAUCAUGUCGCUCAUCAAUAAUGAUGUCAAGCAACAGUUCAUGGCGAGCGUAUCCAUAUCCGGUGGAAAGGAUAAGAGUGCGAUUGCUCUUCUCUCCAUCGACAGCCCGAGGAUCAUCCUUGCUCUGGACUAUUUGUUCGCUUUGCAAGCGUUUGUGAAUGCUGGUCUCGCAACCGAUGAGCCUCUAGCCAUUGAAGAACAAACUGAGGAGACCGAGGAGACUGCCAGUGCGGUGGUCCCUCUUACUCCUGGCGGUGAGAUGUCGCCGGAUAGGUCUGAGAUAUCCGAGAUGCCCGCUGAAACAGGAAUGGAUGUAUCUUUCCGGCUAAACCUGGUGGACGCUCAGGUCGUCCUGAUUGCCAAUCCAGCGCUGUCGAACUCGGAAGCCAUCGUCCUUGGGACGAAGCAGGUUCUGGUGUCAAAACAACAGGCCAUGACAUUGCAGGUAGAUAAGAUUGGAAUGUUUCUCUGCCGCAUGGACAAGUUUGAGACAAGCCGUCUACGUAUAUUGGACGAUUUCAGCAUUCAGACCGCGCUGGAUAUCCGGAAUCAAGGUCCGAAGUCAUCCUUGACGAGCAUCAAUGUUGAUAUUGAACCCCUCAUCCUCCGGUUGUCACUUCGAGAUAUCCUUCUCGCCAUGCAGAUCGUCAAUCGUGCAUCUGCUAUGUCGGCCAAGGAGGACGAGAGGAUGGCUAGCGAAGAACCAAAGAAACUCAAACAAGGACCAACUUCUACGAAGCCAAAAUCCACCGCAGGAAAAUCAUCAACGACAAGGCCACGAGCGAAGAGUAGUGCGACAACAAGACGUUCAAGUCAGCACGGUGCUGUGGCGCAGCGUCGACCGUCAGGCUCCGCUGUGCUAAGACGCGAGGAGAUGAAUGUCAAUGUCGAAGGCAUUCGAGUUGUCCUCAUCGGCGAUGUGCAUGAGCUGCCCAUGAUUGACUGGCGAGUAAAGAAGUUUGGAGUCGAGGUUCGGGACUGGUCAGGCGCAAUGACCGCAGACGCCUCCGUUGACACGCUCAUCAACGUCUUCAACUUUUCCAAAUCGGCUUGGGAGCCGCUGAUUGAGCCUUGGCAGCUGGGCUUCCACAUGUCCAAGGACCAGAAUCCGGAGAGACUCAGCGUAGAACUGUACUCGCGCAAGGUUAUGGAGCUCACUGUUACAACCGCUACCAUCGCAUUAGUUUCAAAAUCCCUAGACUUCCUGACUACGGAUGAGGAUAUCUUGUCGAAACCGCGCGGAAACUAUGCCCCCUACCGGGUUCGCAAUUACACGGGCUUCAAUCUAAACAUCUGGACUGAAGGUAGAGACUCGUCAGAUGGUUAUGCGGUCAAAUUGGAAGACGGAGAGGAACAACCGUGGCGCUUCGAGGAUCCUACUGCAACGCGUGAGAGCUUGUCUACUGAAGGGUCCACUGGUAGUCUGGGCAUUCGACUUGAAGGCAGCGGCUUCGACAGUAUACAGAGGAUUCAGGUGCAUCGUGAAGGAGAGACGUUGUAUAACUUGAAGCCUCAAAAGGACCGGGUACAACAUCGCAUUCUCGUAGAAGUCAAGCUUGGGCCGGAUAACGUCAAGAAUAUCACGUUCAGGUCGCCUCUCCUUGUGGAGAAUAACACGCAGAUUCCGAUUGAGCUAGGCAUUUACAGUCCCCAGGAAGGUCAUCUGGUGAAGAUCGAGAAGAUUGCUCCUGGCGAUGCAAGGCCAGCCCCAGUGGGAGCUGCGUACAUGCAUUCCUUGGUAGUUCGACCCGACCAAGGCUUCGGAUAUACUUGGUCGAACGAGCAACUGUUUUGGAAGGACCUUCUGAGGCGACCGACGAGAACGAUCACUUGUCGCGGGGAACAUGACGACCAAUCACCUCCGUUCUUCUUCCAACUGUAUGCUGCCUUCGACAAGAAGGAUCCGCUGACAAGUGUGUACCCUUAUAUGCGCCUUCGUCUCGCCGCACCGGUUGAAGUGCAGAAUCUGCUGCCUUUCGACUUCAAGUAUAGGAUUUACGACAGCAAUACAAAGAAGGAUUGGACCAAUUUCCUGCGAAAGGGAGGUGUCAGUCCUGUUCAUGUUGUUGAGCUCUCUCAUUUACUGCUUAUCAGCGUGGACAUGCAGGAUACGCCAUUCAGACCGAGCAAGUUCGGCAUUAUCAAUUCGACUGAUCGGGAAAGUUUCAGAAGGGAAAAUCGUUUGGAGGUCAAAGAUCAGGACGAUCUGAGCUUGUAUCUCCAUAUGCAUUUCUUCAACUAUCCCGACGGCGGUGGUUCCUUCAGGGUGACCAUCUUCAGUCCUUAUGUCAUUCUCAACCGAACCGGUCUGCCGCUCGAUAUCCGCAGCAAACAAUUCCUGGGACAGGCCAAUCGAGCAGCUGGUCAAAUCAUGCCCGAAAACGGCACCGAUGUGCAGAAGCCCACGCCUUUCAUGUUCUCGUUCCCCACAGACGAUAAGAAGAACCGAGCUCUCAUCAAGGUGGGCGAUUCCAAUUGGAGCAAGCCUCAGAGUUUCGACGCUAUUGGCAGUACUUUUGCUGUCACACUCCCGAACUCGCAGUCAAGAUCCGAUAUGCAUAUUGGUAUUUCCAUUGACGAGGGCGAAGGCAAAUAUAAUCUCACGAAGGUGGUUACGAUUGCGCCGCGUUUCAUCAUCAAGAAUAAAAUCAAAGAGGAUCUGAAUAUUCGCGAACCAGGAUCGUCAGAAAUACUGUCUCUGAAGAAUGGGGAGCUCCUGCCUCUCAGGUGGUUGCGGCAGGGUGGAACUCCCCAGCUUUCGAUAUGCUAUCCGGGCGUUAGCAACCAGUGGUCAUCACCAUUCAAUAUCUCCAAUGUUGGAAGCGUCCAUGUGAAGCUUUCGAAAGCAGGCCAGCGACAAAAGCUAAUCCGCGUCGAUGUGCUGAUGGAACAGGCGACUAUCUUUGUCCAUAUCAGCGUUGAGACUAAGCAUUGGCCAUUUUCUUUCAAGAAUAUGAGCGAUCAAGAGUUCCUCUACUGGCAAACCGACCCUAAUUUGGAUGAGGACGAAGAGGACCGGGGAACCGGAUUCAGGCCGAUUCGGUACCGCUUGCCGCCACGCAGCAUCAUGCCAUACGCUUGGGACUUCCCUGCCGCCAAGAACAAGGAGAUCGUUCUCACUGCUAAUGGAAGGGAGAGGCAUAUCAAGCUCUCGGAAAUCGGUAAUCUCAUUCCCUUCAAGCUUCCGCCGGCUCAAGGCCAGAAUAAGUCAAAGAUCAUUGAUCUCAACGUGGUCGCCAAUGGACCGACACAAACCCUAGAACUUUCCAACUACAAGCCGUCGAAGAGUCUGUACAAGCAGAAAAACGGCAACGCGUCCUCCUCCGCUGCUGGCGGUUUUGAAGUCAAGGACAUGGAUACGCACGUCACCUUCCGAGCGCAGCUUCGCCUUGCUGGCAUCGGUGUGUCGCUUGUUAACCGGCAAAUGCGAGAGCUUGUGUACGUCACGCUGAGGGACAUUGAGCUCAAGUACUCCGACUCUCCACUCUAUCAGAUGAUCAAUCUUUCGAUUAAGUGGAUUCAGAUUGACAACCAGCUUUACGGAGGCAUCUUUCCCAUCGUCUUCUAUCCCAGCGUGGUACCGAAGACUGGGAAGGAAAUGGAGGCGCAUCCUAUCUUCCAGACGAGCGUCACUCGCGUCAAAGAUGAUUCAUACGGUGUGCUAUAUAUCAAGUACGCAACCAUUCUCCUCCAGCAGAUGACUCUGGAGAUCGACGAAGACUUUAUAUUUGCGCUUCUUGACUUCGCCAAGAUUCCGGGCGCAUCGUGGUCUGAGCAGAAGGAAGGCAAGCUGUGGGAGGAGUCACUGGAUAUCCCCGAACCCCAGCAGGAGCAGUCAGGACAGGACAUUUAUUUCGAGCUUCUACAUUUGCAACCCAUGCAGUUCGACCUUUCUUUCGUGCGCACUGAGCGCAUCAAUGCCGAAGACACGAUGACUUCCUCGAGCCCGUUCAUGUUCGCUGUUAACGUUCUCACCAUGUCGAUUGGUAACGUCAAUGAUGCACCAAUCCGGUAUAACGCUCUGAUGUUGGAGAACGCGCGAGUCUCGACGGCGGCUCUGAUCAACAAUAUCAAGAACCACUAUGUGCAAGAGUCGUUACGGCAGGUGCAUGUUGUCAUUGGUUCGGCCGACUUCCUCGGGAAUCCCGUGGGACUCUUCACAAACGUCAGUUCUGGUGUUGCCGAUAUCUUCUACGAGCCAUAUCAGGGUCUUGUCAAAUCCGAUCGCCCGGAAGAACUCGGUAUUGGUAUCGCAAAGGGAGCUUCGAGCUUCGUCAAGAAAUCCGUCUUCGGCUUUUCAGACAGCAUGGCCAAGUUCACAGGCAGCAUGUCCAAGGGUCUCUCGGCCGCUACCAUGGACAAGGAAUUCCAAGAUCAGCGCCGUAUGUCGCGCUCGCGCAACAGGCCCAAGCAUGCACUCUAUGGCAUCACAGCUGGCGGCAACGCCUUCGCGGCCAGUCUUGCCAGCGGUCUCGGCGGCCUCGCCCGUCAUCCAAUUCAGGGCGCGGAAAAAGAAGGCGCAGUCGGCUUUGUGAAAGGUUUGGGUAAAGGUCUCCUAGGUGUGCCAACCAAGGCCGCCAUCGGCGCCUUCGACCUUGCAUCCAACAUGGCCGAAGGUGUGCGCAACACGACGACCGUGUUCGACCAGGAAGGCCUUGACCGGGUACGCCUAACGCGCUUCAUCGGCACAGACGGCAUCGUGCGCCCCUACUCGCAGCGUGAAGCCCUCGGCCAAUUCUGGCUCAAGACGCUCGACAACGGCAAAUACUUCCACGAGGACUACAUUGCGCAUCUGGAGCUGCAAGGCAGAGACAUGCUCGUCAUGUUGACGUACAAUAACAUCAUGCUCGUGCGCACCAAGAGCCUGAGAUCCGAGUGGGACGUGCCGCUCAAGGAUGUGCAGACUAUUAGCAAGGAGAGGACGGGCAUGAGCAUCACGCUCAAGGGGGGUACAAAUGGGCCUUUUAUCCCGGUGGCGGAUGAGGCGAGCAGGAAUUGGUUUUAUAGACAGGUGGCCGUGGCAGUGAAUGCGUGGAAUGAUCGGUGGAAUGCUAAGGGUUAAGCAAGAAAUCGGUUUGGGAAAGAGGUUGGGCGCGUGAGCGGCUAGACUGAGUGUUUGUCGGAUUUCCUGUAUUCUCUUCUUUGUUGUCUCUUUCCAGUAGGGCUGGCAUGAUAUCCAAUAGCCUUUCGGUGCAACACAGUUAUGUAUGUAUAUGAUAAUGGAUGUCAAAACUUACUCAUGUAGAUUUAGAGACAGUCAUGGUCUU